AUGCUCAGUUUUAAUGGCACAUACAAGUACCUGUACUUGGAAGGCAAUGUUUCCUACGUAGACUUCUACCUUCAUCAGCCCUCAGUGGCAGCUGUCUUCAUCAUCUCUUACCUCCUCAUCUUCCUGCUCUGCAUGGUUGGCAACAGCGUCGUUUGCUUUAUCAUUCUGAAGAGCAAACACAUGCGGACAGUCACAAACCUCUUUAUCUUAAACCUGGCGGUCAGUGACCUCCUGGUGGGCAUCUUCUGCAUGCCCACCACUCUGCUGGACAACAUCAUUGCAGGAUGGCCAUUUGGGAGCAUGGUUUGCAAGAUGAGUGGCAUGGUCCAAGGAAUCUCUGUCUCAGCUUCUGUCUUCACGCUAGUUGCAAUUGCUGUAGACAGGUUCCGAUGCAUCGUUUAUCCUUUUAAGCAGAAGCUGACGGUGUCGACGGCGGUUGUCGUCAUAGCAGCCAUCUGGAUCCUGGCGGUGGCCAUCAUGUGUCCCUCCGCGGUCAUGCUGCAGGUGCAAGAAGAGAAGCACUUCAGGGUGAUCCUUGGCUACAGCAACGAAACCCGCCCCGUGUACUGGUGCCGGGAGGACUGGCCUGACCCCGGCAUGAGGUUCAACACGGCCGGGCCUGCGGCCGGGAAAUGCAGCCGGGAGCAGCGGCACCUGGUGUCCAAGAGGAAGCAGAAAGUCAUCAAGAUGCUCCUCAUCGUGGCUUUGCUUUUCGUCCUGUCCUGGCUUCCUCUGUGGACUCUGAUGAUGCUCUCUGACUAUGCUAACUUGUCCGAUACCCAGCUGCAAAUCAUCAAUAUCUAUAUCUACCCCUUUGCUCACUGGCUGGCCUUUUUCAACAGCAGUGUCAACCCCAUCAUCUACGGCUUCCUUAAUGAAAACUUUCGCCGCGGCUUCCAGGCAGCCUUUAAACUUCAGCUCUGUUGCAGAGAGGUGAUUCACAAGGAGGCCAACUCGCCACGAGGCCAAAGCAAUGUGAUUUUGCCAGCUGCUAACUACCAGACACCCCAAGAUCCAGCUUGUCAAAAUGCUAAGGAGGAGAGGGAUCCAAUUAGGAAAGGAAACAGGAUAAAUAAGCAGCAGGAUUUGAUGAUGGAGGAUCUAGAAGAGCCCUCCCGCGAUGGGGUCAAGUGAAACUUGCUAUGAACUAUCUCAAUGAUUUAUGCCUGGCAGGU